AUGCUGGCUCCCCUCGACCUUCUUGAACUUCUGAAGCUGCUGCCUGGAGUCUCCGUGUCUCUCUCUGAUGCCGCCCUGAUCCAUCAGAAACUCCAUGGAAUUUUGAUGGGUGGCUUCUGCAAUAGUGAGGCGUUCCAUCGCUGGCAACAGCUCCUCCAGCAUCAUGGCCAGUGUAGUUUUGGAGGUAAUGAGACGCGGACUUCGCUAGUGGGAUAUCACGUCUCGCGCCUCAGGCUUCACCCCUCCCGGGACGGGGGGAGGCUGAUCUGGGUUCCCCAAGGGGCAGCAUCGGACAUCAGGUUCUGGCUCACUCCGGGUCUACUGCGGGACGGAGUGACUCUGGCCUGCGCUGUGUCUCACGCCGAGGUGUUCACGGACGCGUCGCUCGAAGGAUGGGGCGGGGUCCUCGGCCAGAGCUCUGUAGGAGGCUGCUGGUCGGACUCAGCCCGUCACAUCAACCUGCUGGAGAUGGAGGCAGUGCACAGAGUACUGCUGCACUUUGCCCCUCAGCUGCAGGGGAGACACGUGAUGGUGCGCUCAGACAACACCACAGUGGUCUCCUAUCUGAACAGGCAGGGGGGCACCAGGUCCCCCGCUCUCCAUCGCAUGGCGACGGUGACGCUGCUGUGGGCGGCGCUUCACCUCCUGUCUCUCAGGGCGCGCCACGUCCCGGGGGUCCGGAACGUGGGAGCCGACAGGAUGUCCAGGGGGGGCCCACUCCAGGACGAGUGGGGCCUGGCCCCACGGGUAGCCGCGGAGAUCUGGCGGAGGUUCGGUCGUCCAGUAGUCGACCUUUUCGCCAGUGCAGAGAACGCACAGUGCCCGUCCUGGUUCGCCUUAAGGGCCGCGGACGAGCCGCCUUUAGGCGUGGACGCUCUGGCUCAUUACCCAUGGCCAGGCGGCCUGUUGUACGCUUUUCCACCGGUGCGUCUCCUGCCGGUCCUACUGCGGAGGAUCGAACAGGAGAGGAGGUCGGUGAUUCUGGUGGCUCCGGACAGCCCGCAUGCCCGGUGGUUCCCCUUCCUGAGGGGCAUGGCGGCUCUGGGUUUGGAGGUUGAGAGGCGGAGCCUCGUAGAUCUGGGUCUUCCCCCUGCGGUGGUGGAGACAAUUCAGGGAGCGAGGGCGCCGUCCACCGUGAGGGCCUACGCCACGAGGUGGAGGCUAUUCAGUGCCUGGUGCGAUUCCCGUUCCUGGGAUCCCAGGUUUUGCCCGCUGGAGGGGGUCCUGGGAUUCCUACAGGAGCUUUUCGACAAGGGGAGGGCUGUCGCUACCUUGGCGGUGUUUGCGGCAGCCAUUACUUCAGGUCACGACGGGUUCGGGGGGUUCACAGCCCGCUCUCACCCGUUGAUUAAACGUUUUCUGCGGGGGGCGCGCAGGAGGAGGCCCCCGCUCCAGAGAACGCCUCCGGUUUGGGACCUCAGGGUGGUCCUUAGGGGGCUGUCGGGUUCGCCUUUUGAACCGGCGGCGGAGGCGAGUCCCGAUUGUAUCGCUUUUAAGACGGCCCUCUUGCUGGCGUUGGCGUCUGCAAAAAGGGCGGGCGAUUUGUGUGCGCUCUCAGUCCAUGCGUCGUGCCUGUCCUUUGGAGAGGACGACGGCAUGGUGGAGUUGUGGCCCAAUCCGGCUUUUCUCCCCAAGGUCAUCACGUCGGCCUUUAGGUCGAGAGUGAUCAGGAUUAGGGCUUUCCACCCGCCGCCGCAUGCCUCCCCCGAGGAGGAGCGGCAGCACCUUCUGUGUCCUAUCAGAAUGCUGAGGCAUUACCUGGCCAUGACGUCGUCAUUCAGGUCGGGUGAUCAGCUGUUUGUGUGUCUGGGCCCCAAGAACAGGGGCGCCCCGCUGUCGGCUCAGCGGCUGGCGCAUUGGGUCGCCACGGCGGUGCGACGGGCGUAUCAGGCGCAGGGCCUGGCCCCCCCGGUGGGUUUCAGGUCGCAUUCCACGCGUGGGAUGGCGGCCUCUACGGCCCUUCUCAGGGGGGCGUCGGUCGAGGACGUUUGCCGUGCGGCUUCUUGGGCGUCGUCCUCCUCUUUCGUCCGGUCUUAUCUUUCGGAUGUGUCGGACCGGUCGGUGGCCCAUUCCGUGCUGAGUGCAGCGGAUUGA